UCUCUCCACUGAAAAGAAGAAAGAAAGCGUGUUUUUUUUUUUUUUGCUCCUUUUAUUUUUUUGGUAGGGUUCAAUUUAGAAAUGGCAAGAACUGCACUGCUUCAUUUGGUCCGCUCUCAAACCCAUCAGCAUCUCAAAUCAACGAACUUCCACUCAGGUUGUAAUUUGAGUAGACUUGGUACAUUGCUGCAGACAUCCAGACCCUCCAGUGGCAUACAGCCCACUGCUAUCCAGAGACGAUGGUUUUCCACUGAGGAUGAUAACAAGCUCAGCAUAGGUCCUCAAAAAGGGGGAGAAUCUGGAAAAGAUGAAAAGGACUCGGGGGUGGUUUACUAUGGUCCUAUAUCAAAUACCGUAAAGAAAGUGAAGCUUCUAUCUCUUUCCACCUGCUGCCUCUCUGUUUCUUUGGGCCCUGUCAUCACCUUCAUGACAUCUCCCGAAAUGAAUGUGAUUUUGAAGGGUGCUGUGGCAUCUUCUGUUAUCUUCCUUAGUGCCUCUACAACUGCUGCCCUUCACUGGUUUGUGAGCCCUUACGUGCACAAACUCAGAUGGCAACCUGGUUCUGACAGCUUUGAAGUGGAGAUGAUGUCAUGGCUGGCAACUUAUAUUCCAAAAACGAUCAAAUUUGCAGAUAUCAGGCCACCGGAGACCAAUAGGCCGUUUGUGACAUUUAAGGCCAACGGUAAAUUCUACUUUAUUGAUGCUGAGCACUGUCAUAACAAGGCAUUAUUGGCAAAGUUGACUCCACAGAAACCAACUCAUGACUCGGCCUUCAAGAACUUGUGAUGAGCAUUAUCUUUGUAGCAAUGAAUGAUAGACAUAAAAUAAAUUGUUUUUGGCAGAUUUAGUUGAUUUUUGUUUAUGUAUUCUGAGAACAA